AUGACGUACUUUCAGACCUUCAUUGCUUUAUUCACGCUGUUGCAAGUCUUACAAUUCUUGAAAGGUGACGGAGAGAAGCUGCCAGAGUACCUCUCCAGCAAAUACUACCAGAUCCGCAUUGAUGUGCUUCGCCGGAAGAUCCAGGAGAAAGAUCAGCACAUCGAGGAUGCCUUGAAGAAGAUGGACUUCGCGGAAGAGGACUACCUCUGGCUCCUCAGAAAGAAAAUGCGAGAUUUGAGGCUUAAAUAUCAUCCCGACAAAAUCAAUGACCGUCAGCCCACAGAGGAGGACUACAAGUUCUACGAACGUGUCACAAAAGCAUAUGACGUUUUGUCUACGAAGGAG